CAAUAUGGGUAUCCGAAUCACUUUGAUAGACCAACGUUACCGUCAUCGUCCAGUAGAUGUAGACCCAACAUUUGUAUGAGAAAAUGCUUGAAGCUGCACACAGAUUCAAAGAAGAAAAGAAUCAACAGAGUCGGUGAGAUAGAGGAGCUGAGAGUGUGAAAGUGAAUCAACAAUGGCCUCUGCAAUGUUGAAACGAGCUGCGACGAUGAAGUCAAUGGCCGGAAGUCUCCGAAUCGCAGCGGCGUCAAGGGCUUACGCCUCGGUUGCAGUGGGGACGGACCUAGUCUCGGCCGCACCCGAUGUUUCCCUCCAGAAGGCUCGAAGCUGGGACGAAGGUGUCUCCUCUAAGUUCUCCACAACCCCUCUCAAAGACAUCUUUAAGGACAAGAAAGUCGUUAUCUUUGGCCUCCCUGGUGCUUUCACAGGAGUUUGUUCGGCUCAACAUGUGCCAAGUUACAAGAAGAAUAUCGAUAAGUUCAAGGCCAAAGGAGUUGAUUCUGUAAUUUGUGUAGCUGUCAAUGAUCCAUAUGCCAUGAAUGGUUGGGCAGAGAAACUUGAAGCCAAAGAUGGUAUUGAAUUUUAUGGUGACUUUGAUGGCAAGUUCAACAAGAGCUUGGGUUUGGAAAUAGAUCUAUCUGCUGCUCUGCUUGGACCUCGCUCUCAUAGAUGGUCAGCAUAUGUGGUUGAUGGAAAGAUUAAAGUUCUUAAUGUGGAGGAAGCCCCAUCUGAGUUCAAAGUAUCUGGUGGGGAAGAAAUUUUGGGAAAAAUAUAAUGUUGUUUCAGUUUCUAUUACAGUGCAAGUUGCCAUGUAUUUGUAUCUGUUGGUACCUGUAGGAAGAGAGACUACACGAUUAAUAAGAUGACGAGACUGUUGCUGAUUUUUUUUUUUCCUCUGGAAAUUAAUGUUGCUGAAGUUAGCUUCAAUAAUGUUGUAAAUAAUGACAAUUCAUGGUGCCUUUGCUUUGAUAAUAGGAUUUACAGUAUAUUAAUAUGACUCGUAUCAACAUAAUUACUUUGACAAUCUUGAAUAUUAGUAUUCGAUUAUUCUGGUGCA